AUGCCAUUGCGGCUUUUGUGUGUCCAUGGCUGGGGGACAAGUGAGAAGGUCAGCGGGCUUAUUGGGGAUCUGCAGCGGGAUAAUACAGUGACAUUUCACUUCCUCGAAGGCGAGGUUGACUCAGAUGCCGGACCAGGCAUUGCAGGCUACUAUGAUGGUCCGUACUACAGCUACUGUAGAAUUCCAAGAGCCUUUUCUGCCGAAGACGACGGAUCUGAAAUCUUAGAGGCGUACAACUUGCUGUACGAGACUAAUGCCCUCCACGGCCCCUUCGACGGGGUCCUUGGCUUCUCACAUGGGGGAACCUUGGCUGCAGGGUUACUCAUUCACCCUGCCAAAAUGUUGCCACAGGAGCCGCCUCUUGUUCGAUGCGCCAUCUUCGUCAAUUCUUUGCCACCGUUCCGUAUGCACCCGGGCGAGUAUCCUGUUGUCGAUAAGGGGCUUGAGGGCUACAUCAAAAUUCCCUGCGUGAAUGUUGCAGGGGCCAAGGAUCCUUUGUUUCCAUGCUCACUUGCACUUCACCGAAUUUGUGACCCACAAUCGUCUCCUUUCGUGGUGCAUGAAAAGGGUCAUGAUAUUCCUACUGAUCGGAAAAAUGUCGCCAUCCUGGCCCACGCCGUUCGCAGGCUAUCGAUGAAGAUUGACUCGGAGCCGUUCCCAGAGGGCAUUGCAAUUCCGGGGUUGGGGGGCAAUGGCGAAGAUUUAUCCAUCCUGGCUGCAGAUGCUUGUAUGCCUAUGGAAAUUGUGGGGAUGGGGUUUCGUGGACCUGGCGACGCAUCAGAUGUCGAAAGGCUUUGGAAGAUGGUCGUCGAGCAAAGGGAGGGAUGGAAAUCUAUCCCAAAGGAGCGUUGGAAUAACAAGGCAUUCCAUCAUCCGGACCACGCUCGGCAUGGCACGAUAAAUGUCAAGGAAGGACAUCUUAUGGAAGAGGAUUUGUCUCUGUUUGACGCGCCAUUCUUCAAUAUGACCGGCGACGAGGCUGCUGCCAUGGACCCUCAACAGAGCCUAUUGCUUGAAAUGUCGUAUGAGGGACUAGAGAAUGCCGGAAUACCCCUGUCGCAAUUCAUGGGAAGCAAAACAUCCUGUUUUGUGAGAUCCUUGAGCGCCGAUUACACCGAUUUACUUCUUCGCGAUCCAGAAUGCGUACCAAUGUACCGGUGCACGAACGCUGGCCAGUCUCGUGCCAUGGCUUCCAACCGUAUUUCUUAUUUCUUUGAUCUGAAAGGUCCUAGCGUCACAGUAGACACAGCAUGUUCAGGCAGACUUGUCGCAUGCCAAAGCCUUCAAAACGGUGACGCGUCCAUGGCAGUCACCGCUGGUGUAAAUCUCAUUCUCAGUCACGAAUUCAUGUCGACGAUGAGUAUGAUGAGGUUUCUUUCCCCAGACGGCCGUUGUUACACAUUUGGUGAGCGGGCCAAUGGCUACGCACGAGGUGAAGCCGUUGAUUGCCUCAUACUCAAACCACUCGGCGAUGCCCUUCGCGACCAAAACACCAUAUGCGCCGUCAUCCGAGGCAGUGGAUCUAACCAGGAUGGCCGUACUCUGAGAAUCACACUUCCACGCGGCACUACACAGGAAACCUUGAUUCGGGAUGUUUAUGCGAGGGCGGACCUGGAUUCAAAAGAAACAGAAGUUGUUGAGGCCAAUGGCACUGGCACUCAAGGAGGCGAUCCAAUCGAGACGGGCGCGAUCUCUCGAGCUUUCGGAUCCGCUUAUGAGUCUAGACCAACAAUAAGAAUUGGCUCAAUUAAAACAAAUGUCGGACUCUUGGAAGGUGCAAGUGGGGUUGCGGGCGUCAUCAAGGCUGUCCUCAUGUUGGAGAAUCGCAUGAUUCUACCCAGUCGUAACUUUAAAGCACCAAACCCACGGAUCCAAUUGGAGGAGUUCAAUCAACACCUGAGCCAUGGGAACCAUCUGGUCCCCAUCGGGUAUCCGUCAACAGUUUCGGGUAUGGCGGAUCCAACGCUCAUGUCGGAAUUGAAGAUGCCUUCGGGGUACCUUACUAGCCGUGGGCUACAACGAUGGUUUUUGGGACCGUCAAAUUCCGGUAAGAAGUCGCAGCUUGACUUCGCGCAUCAAGGGUGGCCAUCACAAAGGAACAGAAUUUUCGUGCUUUCUGGAUUUGACGAACGAUCAUGUCAAGAGCAGAUUCGAAGACUGCGCGAUUAUCUUGUGGCCAAACAAGGAUUAAUGAAUGAUGAAUUUAUGGACGAUCUCGCGUUUACACUCAACGAACGUCGAUCUCGAUUUAUGUGGAAAACAGCAGUUAUUGGAGAUUCUGUCCCUACCCUAAUUGAUGUACUCUCCGGAACCCCUCAAAUAAGAAGUUCUAUUCGAAAAAGGACCUUGGCAUUUAUAUUCACCGGUCAAGGAGCACAAUGGGCUGACAUGGGGAAGGAACUACUUCAUGCUUAUCCGGUAUUUCGGGAGUCAAUCACCAUGAUUGACGCAUUCCUAGAGACGCUUCAAGCCCAAUUCAGUGUCUACGGUCACUCUAGCGGUGAAAUUGCCGCUGCAUACGCUAGUGGUACCUUGAGCUUGGAGGACGCGAUGAGCAUAGCGUAUCACCGUGGGGUGAUUGCCAGCCCAUUAUUGACGGCCCAAGUACAUGGUGGUAUGAUGGCAAUCCGAAUGUCAUCGGAAGAAGUUCAAGCUCUCUUGGCUAGAAUGAAUUCCGGAAAGGCUGUCAUGGCCUGCGUGAACAGUCCCUGCAGCGUGACAAUAUCCGGGGAUGCAGCUGCAAUCGACGAAUUAGACAAAGGCCUCAAAAAGAGCCCUGUGCUCAGCCGUCGCUUAGCGGUGGAUGUCGCUUAUCACUCCCAUUACAUGGAGCUUGUCUCGAAUGAGUACCUGAAAUCAAUAGAACACACCGCGCCAAAGAACCCUAAUAACCUGACCGACCCGAUUUCCUUCUUCUCUUCUGUCACGGGAACGGAGCUUCAACCCGAAGCGCUCGGGCCUCAAGACGGGGUGUCGAACUUACUUGGUCAAGUCAAAUUCGCCGAGUCGGUGAAGAAACUCUGUUUCGAGACAAACACUCGGCAUACCGGAAUCGGAACGCCUGCAGGCAGGCGGGCAAAGAGAGUGGGUACCGCGCAGAAGCCAAACGUUGAUUUUAUUCUCGAAAUUGGUCCCCAUUCGGCUCUUGCUGCCCCGGUGAAGCAAAUCAUUCAAGCAGAUGUGAAGCUCAAGGCAGCAGAUAUCGAGUAUGCCAGCCUCUUGUGGAUCUACCCCCAUAUUUUCCUGGAACACAGUAGAUCAUACUGGGCCGAACCCCGUAUGAGUAAAACAUACAGACACCGGGAAUCCCCCCGAACAGAUCUACUCGGAGCAACAGACAACGUGGCUUGCCCAUUCGAACCACGUUGGCGAAAUUACUUGCGCAUCUCGGAGAUACCCUGGCUCAAGGACCACACGAUUCAAUCUGAUAUCGUCUUCCCGGCCGCAGGAUACAUAUGCAUGGCGAUCGAAGCGGCCAUGCAAUUGGUCGCAGAUAUCGGUGACAUUGCUGCGUUCGCUUGGAAAGUUUCAAUUCGAUCGGCGCUAAUUAUCCCUGAAACCGCUGGCAUUGAAAUCAUGACAUCAUUGCACUUCAAUCACGAAGCCGAUCGGUCGGGCUCGGGGUAUGGAUUCCAUGUGUACUCGGUGUCGAAGGAAAACAGAGGGACCGAGCAUUGUACCGGGAUUGUCCAAGCGGAGAAAAAGCACAGAGCCACUGAUGGAGUGAAGAUCAGCGAAGUAGGUGGCUCAACGACGCUCCCCGAAUGUGACUCCGAAGACUUCUCAGUGGUUAACGUUGAUCAUCUAUAUGAAGGGCUACGUCAUAUCGGCUUGGAUUACGGCCCUUGCUUUACCAAUUUGACAUCGGCACAUACAAGUGAUAGUGACACUUGCUUUUGCGGAAAUUGCACUUCCCAAUACGGCAGCAGUCAUGCCGAUGCAGUUUGA